GAAGGAUUGUGUUUCCUUCUAGAUAUCAACAGUUUACAGCUCAUUUGUGCAGGAAAAACAAAACAAAACCUGUUGAUGCGCAAAAUGGUAUCAAAUAUGUAAGGCUUCGCUGUAUGCUUUGUAAAGGUGCUUUCAUUCCUUUAGCUGUAUAAACCCUGUAAUCAUUUGCAGUCUUAACUCUGUAAUCUUUUGAACAUCAUUACUUCUGGACUGUUUCGAAUGUUGGCAGAAAGUUGACCAUUGUGAAGUCAGUGCUCUUCAGUGAUCUCGCUGAGAGACCACCGAUUCAAGAGUUAGCAAGCAGAAAAGCUUUGUAAAUUGUUCUCAGACGAUCAGGGCAGAGAAACUUUGGCAAUCUUUCCUUAAUACGAUUAAUUCUUCUGAAACAAGGGACAUUCAUAGCCUGUUCUCAAUAAUUUAAGAAACUUCGGUCCGUAAUUCCCGUCAACUGACAAACUUUAUGAAUUUCCGCCGUUAAGAAGAUGUUUCUCAAAAUCCAAGCUUUUCGCCAGCGGAUGAAAGGUAAGAUUUUCAGGACAAACUUUGGUUUUAUAACAAAGUUACUAACAAUGGUUGGACGUUUUUUGUUACAAGAUUUACUUUGUACCGUCCUCGAGAAAUGAUUUUCAACUUUUACCUUGGAUAAUCUUCAAGAUAUUUUCACAUUUUGGCUCUUGAAACCCUGUCUUUGAAUUAUCAGAGCUUCCUUAUUUAUUGUUCCCUCGAAAGACAAAAGAUUGAUUUACUGAAUACAGCUGCGAACACUUCAAAUCAAUAAAUGUUGAAAAUUGUUAUCAGAAAGACAGAUUUUUUUUUCCCAAUUAAGCAUCGUCUGAUCCAAUCAGUCCUAAAGGGAGUCUUUAUCUUUUUAGAAACCUUCACAUUUUUUGCAACAAAGGUUAAAUGUUGCUUUAUUCAGAAUAGUGUUUUCGAAUGCUAUUUUUACAUUUGUCGUGCGCCUACCAUUUUGGAUCGAUGUGAUGUCUGACUUUUGUUUUAUCCACUUUGUUACUUUCCUUAUAGUUAACCUUCUAAAGCAUCGUACCUCUUUUUUUUCUUAAAUGUAACAGCUCAGUGUAUUUCGUCGAUGAUUUCUCCAUUUCGUUACAGUUUGUUAGAUUUCGUUAGAUCCUCUACCAGGGAGAUCUCAAAUCUGCACGAGUCUUCAAUUACAGUUCUUUUAGAAAAUCAAGUCAACGGAUGGUAGUUGGACUCAAUGAAUGUGGGAAAAUGUUUUACAGCAAGCGGGACUCGAUGCUUUUUCGCGUUUAUUUGUCGGUUAUUUUCCUAUUUAUUUGCUUUGGGGUUGAAUGUCUUUAUCGUCGUAACUGCGAUCGCAGCUCAACUUUUUACAUUCAGAGAAGACGCACCCUCUUGCAAGAGGUGGGAAAAAUGAAGUUUUCGUCCGGAGGAUCUGUAAAAAAUGUCUAUAGAUUGACAGAAACUGUACGAUCUGUAUUUGGAAGUUACAAAGAACUCCGUCAGAACAGAAGAUACCCAAAUGUAGUGAAUGUGUAAAAUGAAUUUUAAUUAAUAAUGAUGUCGCAGACACAAGAGUUGCAAUUGUGCUUGUAUGACUCCUUUGGUAGCUUUUAUGUGGACUCUGAAAUUACUUGAAACUCCCUUGAAUGCAACAAAAGAGUUACUUCACAAUGUUCUUGUUGCAUGGGGUGUACAAGAUGGAUUAUUCAAACUGCCUUAUUUUUCUCUUGGCAGCUAGAGAAACCAGUCUUAAGAAUAAAGCUAUUUACCUGUUAAACACAUGAAUUUUCCUAGUAUGUGAAUUUUAUUGAUCAAAACCCAUUUUACUUUCUGGAAGUGCAUACAGCUGUCUAUUUAGCCACCUAUUUAUUGAAAACUGUUCUUAGUCAUUGUAAAAUGCCAGCUGUAUACAAUUUUCUUAUGCUUAGCAACCUGUAUCCUUGAUGCAUUUUAAAAUGCAGCUUAAUGCUCACAGUGUGAGCGAGAUGGAAGAAAUAACAGUUUGGGUUGUACCGUUGACAAUACUCAGUAUGUUUCCAUUUCAAUUAUUAUGUAUGGUGGUGCAUCAGCGGAAAAUCUCGCUCGACGAGGAAGCGGUUAAAUGUCCUCUGCUGGAAAAAAGGGAGAAAAUGGAUGUUACGACAUUUGUUUUACUCUUCAGGAGAAACCUUUUUCGAACUGCCAGUUAGAAAGACAAGAAAUCUUAUUUACAACCCCAUGCAGACUGUACACUUAUUGCUGCACAGAAAAGCAAUCGUGUAGCUGGACAUUUCAGAAAGAAAUUGACCACAAAGAAAUCGUUUAAUUGCAAUAAAAUGUAACUAAACCUUUACACUGUCCAACUUCAGUGAUGUUUCUGUUUCGAAUGGGAAAGUGAACGCUCCCUAGUCUUAUGACUUAGCAACUGAUUAGGAAAGUACGUGUCCUAGAUUUUUCUACAUAAGUCUGUCUUCUCGAUGCAGUUUAGAAGUAUUAAUACCGGUCUCCUCUACGAAUAUUCCUCGGCCUAAAUCUCUGUACAAACUGAAUAAACUCAGCGUUAUUUUAACAAGGAAGUUGAACUCACUAUAAACGGCAACACAGUAACUAAUGGUGCAACACUUGUCUGUCUUACUUUUUCUAACUUGCGUGGGCCGAGGUAACCUCUCGAGGAAUUCCCUUGGUCUUAUUUAACUUGUCAUGAGUCACAGAUGCAAGCAAUUGGGAAACCAAUGAAAACAAAAACGCGAAGGUUCUAGAACCCUUUCGAAAUGCAUCACUCUACAAGGGUAGGGUAAGGUAGACGUGGGAUAAACUCGCCAAGAAUUUCACGAAAAUUUCGCAAUUAAGCAUUCUUCCUCCUUAAUUUGACAGUUCAGCUCUCAGAAUCUUCUUCGUCAUUUCUAAAUAUCGCUAGUACUGCCGUAAUUCAGUUUUGACUGAGGAGGUUAUGUAAGAUCGUGUAGGAAAAAUCCCAGAAUUGAAUCUCUCCUCUAAGAUUAAGACAUUAACCUCAAAUAUCGGUGUCACCUUGCAGGUUCUAGAUUUUGUAGCAUGGCAAAGAUUUUUUUCAGCUAAUCGGCAUACUUUAAUAGUUUUCAUCGGCAAGUAAACGUUUCAUUAGCAACCGUGUUUUGUUGGGCUCAUUGCGCUCGCUUUGCGAAAAUUUCUUUCCCCUUUUGAAGAUUACGGCGUACAACAAGCCGUGUUGGCUUAUGUCCAACAUUGUUUCCUUGAUAUGGGAACGUCUUUUCAUAAACGUUCAUCUGAAGGUUAAGAACGGGUGGAAUUUUGCACCGGUUGCGAAAAUGUCACGAAGAGUUAACUCUGCGACAGUUUUAAAGCGGCAGCAAGUUUUUCGUCAGCUUCUCAUGAAAAUCGCAGAGAGCUUCAGUGUACGAGAAACAUUCAUAUUUCAAGUUAGUGUGAAAUUGUAACAAGCAUGAGUGUUUGUGUAUUUAUGCCGGAAAAGCACUUGCGAAUUCUGCAGCCUAUAACUGUCAACGCUUAUUUCUGUAAAGUAUGUUUACUUGUUCAUUGUUCCUUUAAUACGGUUGCCUGUGGAUUCAACCUUAAGUCGGUGUUUGACUUUCUCUCGUGACAUCAUCCUCACUGCCGAUGUUCUGGAUUUAGUCAGAAAAUUGUAAAAAAUAGGCUUUAGCGAUGAAUGUUAAAUGAACUGCGGAUAUCUUUUCGCAUCUAAACAUGUUACAUCUUCAAAAUUCUUAUUUCGAUUAUGUUGUCAAACUUAAAAGUUCUGUAAUCCGCGCGCAAUGUAUUAUUGUAAAAGUGUUUUAAAGACAGAUCCUCUUUGCUAAAUUAGAGGCCGAAUCAGUUAAUUUUUUUUUGGUCUUCCCUUUCGUGUCUUUGGGUAAUAAAUAGCUUAUAAAGUAAUUUAGGAACUUUCUUGUGCGUUUCUGUCACCUGUUAUCAAUAGAUAAAUCGUUAAACUGUUGUUGUUUUUUCCGAGUGACUAUUACUUUCAUAAGGGGGAUCGUGUUCAAAAUUCCUCAAGCUGUGACCUGAACACUGUUGUUAUGAUAAAAUACGAGGUCGACCCUAAGACCAACUGGUUCUGAAGGCGCGAGACAUUUUGAGGUUUGGAGAUAAUGAAAUCUAAAGGAAGUUCUUGGAAUGCUACUCUUUCCGAUCUCUCAUUGCGGCCGGCAUAAUCGGGAAGGCCUCACGGAAACUCCACGUAAACUCUCGUAACAUAGCCAUGCGCUUAGGAUUAAGAUUAUUUUCGCGGGAAGGUCGGCCCACUCUCGAUCAAUUUUGCAUCCCGCGGGAAAAGUUAGUGCAGAACAACAUGCCAGUACCUCAAGCCUAUAGCAACCCAACAAAUUUUUUUUUUAUUUGAUUUCAUUUCCGGUAGCUUUGCUCGCCUGUCAAUCAUUCGGCGUUUUCAAAGGCGAGAGGGUGGUCUUGGCUCUUGUGCGAAGCAAACUGCGCGGGUCUAGUUGACAAUGGAUCACGCGAGAGCCAAUCACAGCGACGCUACUAAGUUGUAUUAGUCAAUUAGCGCACAGCCACACGAUAGUAAAUUUGCCAAUGAUUUGUGUUGGAGACAACAACAGAGUAAACUUAGAAUAGCGCCUCAAAUGCGAAUUAUUGCGAGUGGGGAAAGGAAGAGGAACUUAAAACUCCCACGCUUCUCGUUGAUCGACGUAUUCGGUAAAAAUUCCAAGGCGAUUACAACAUCUCAAGGCGCGGUCCUAAAAAUUCGAAGCGCACGGGCAAAGGUUUCAUUCAAGCGUCGCGCGCACAGCACUGAAAUUAUUUUUCAAGUGCGCGCACCAUGAGUGAGCCUAGCACGGGAACAGAUGAAGCCAACGCUAAGGACUCUUCGACGGAAGAAACACAGGAAACGGUGAACGAACCUGUUCAGGAUGAAAAGCCGUUGUCUGCAACGGAAGUGCCCAGGAAAGGCAAACGAGGAAGGCCGCGAAAGAACUUUGCCGAGAAACAUGAGGAAGAUGGAACACCCGUGAUAAAAAGGCCUAGAGGGCGACCAAAAGGCUCAAAAAAUAAAAAUCCCAAGCCAAAACCAGUUCCCACUGGACCAAAGAGGCCAAGAGGAAGACCUAGAAAAUGGCCUCUUCCUGAUGCAUCUCAACCAAAGAGAAGUAGAGGAAGACCAAGGAAGAAUGCAAAUCCAACUUUAGAACUUCCAACUAUGGUUAACACCACUGCAGAUCAAGCAUUGACGAAUGACACAGCAGCAUCUGUGACAGCACCAAUUGCAACUGACAUCGUUCCACCAGAUGAUCUAUUUGACAGUGAUGACAUUGAUUGAUUGACUGUGUUGUCAAAUCAUUGAUUGAUGCUUGUAUGUACCAAAGGUUGGCAAGCAUAACAAAGGUGUGAUAAAAAUUGGACAAUGUAUUUUGAAUCAAGUGGUUUGAAGAAAGGAAGUUACCAAAAGUAGAUAAACUUGGCUAGAGUGGUACAUUAGAUGUCAUUUUGACCCAAGUAAAUAUAAAACAUUCAUAACUCUAUUACAAAAUGUUUCCAUUACCUGAAACAAAUAUAUCAUACUAAUUAUCUUGCG